AUGCGUCGCCACCUAAAAGUAUUUCUGCUGCUUGCACUACUAGUCACUUAUGUGACGGCGAAGAAGAAAGAGGAGCAGGAGGAGUCCUCCGAAGAGAAGGAGGAAGAGGGUGAGAGAUAUCACAAGGAGGAGCAUAAGGAGAAAAAGCAUAAAGGCGAUAAAGGACACAAAGAGAAGAAGGAAUGGGAUGAGAAUGAGAAAAAGUAUCACGAAGUGGAGGACCAUGAGCAUAAAUAUGGUAAUAAAGGCGGCAAAAAGAAGAAAUACUACGAUGAGGAAGAGGAACACGGGGAGAAGAAGGAGGUUGGCGAGCACAAGAAGGGUGGCAAGCAUCAUCACAAAAAGAAGCAUAAGAAAGGGCAUAAAGAGUUGGAAUAUCACAAGAAAUUCAAUAAGGAUGAGUAUAAGAAGGAGAAGAAAUUCUACGAUGACGAACACAAAGCGGGACAUCACAAGAAGUAUGGCAAAGAUCAUAAGCACGAUGUAGAGGAGGAGGGUGGUCACAAGAAGGGCGAACAUUAUGAGUCUGGCAAAAAGAAGGGACAUAAAAAGCACAAGGAACACUAUCAAAAGGGACACAAGGAAGAGGAUGAGAAAAAAUAUAAGAAAAAGCAUAAGCACGGCGAACAUCAUGAGGAGCAUGAGGAAUAUGGUAAAAAGGGUGAAAAGAAAAGCAAACAUAAGGAGGGGCACAAAAAGGAGAGUAAAAAGGAGAAGGAGAAGAAAACAUUACGUACACCAAAAAUGACAGUUCGGAGUGGAUUUUGGUCCGGAGGAAUGAUCGGUCCGUACUUCUUUCGAAAUAAAACUGCUGGUAGCACCGUUACAAUGGAAAACCACAAGUGGAAGAAGUUGAUUUUAACAACAUGUGGUUCCAACAAGACGGGGCUACAUGUCACACAGCAUCUGCAACAAGCAAAUUAUUGCGAGAAAGGUUUGGAGAUCCGAUUAUUUCAAGAAAUUGUGACAUUGAGGGUACCCUUCACGUUCUCUGUAUCCAAGAAGUUGUGA